GUAGAAACAAACAAGGAUAAGGUAAAAAAACAACUAAGAAAAGGGUCCCCUUUCAUUUCAUCACACUGUCUCAUUGUGUGGUGUACAUGUGUGAGUGAACAAAGAUCUUCAAAAAGCAAAACCUUUCACUUCAUUUUCAAAACCAGUUUCAGAACCUUCUUCAUGGUCCUGCUGGUUUGGUUCAACUGAAGUAAAUUAUUAAGUUUCUCUUACAGAAAGCACAGUAAAAAAACAGUGUGGUUAAGAAAAAUGUAUGGUGAUUGUCAAGUUAUGUCAACAAUGGGAGGGAAUGUAGUAGUAAACUCAGAAUCUCUCUUCUCUUCUCCGAUCCAUAACUCUAACUUCAACUUCAUGUCAACCAUGCCUUUUCAACCAUUUUCUUCUUCCAUGAAAGAAGAAGAAGGAAUUUUGAGAGGUAAAGAAGAGAUAAUGGAUCAAAGUGGUUCAGGUAGUGAACAAGUUGAAGAUAAAUCAGGAAAUGAACAAGAGAUUAAUAAUGAACAACAAGCUACAAAGAAGAAACGUUAUCAUCGACACACUGCUCGUCAGAUCCAAGAAAUGGAAGCUUUGUUCAAGGAAUGUCCACACCCAGAUGAUAAACAAAGACUGAAACUAAGCCAUGAUUUGGGACUGAAACCACGCCAGGUUAAGUUCUGGUUUCAGAAUCGUCGAACUCAGAUGAAGGCACAACAAGAUCGUUCUGAUAAUGUGAUACUUAGAGCAGAGAAUGAGAGUUUGAAGAAUGAGAACUAUAGGCUACAAUCGGCGUUACGUAAUAUUUUAUGUCCUAAUUGUGGUGGGCCAUGUAUAAUGGGACCUGAUAUGGGUUUUGAUGAUCACCAACUUCGAUUUGAAAAUGCCCGGUUAAAAGAGGAGCUAGAACGUGUGUGCUGUAUAACAUCAAGAUACACUGGUCGUCCACUCCAAACAAUGGCACCACCUUCAUCUCUUAUGCCACCAUCACUGGACUUAGACAUGAACAUUUAUCCAAGGCACUUUGAUCCAAUGCCACCAUGCACUGAAAUGAUUCCUGUCCCUAUGUUACCACCUGAACCUUCACAAUUUCAAGAGGGAGGUCUCUUAUUAAUGGAAGAUGAAAAAUCACUUGCUAUGGAACUUGCAGCUUCUUCUAUGGCUGAGCUUGUUAAGAUGUGUCAAAUGAAUGAACCACUUUGGAUUCGUAGCGAGAAUGAUAGAGAAGUUCUUAAUUUUGAUGAGCAUGCUAGGGUUUUUCAAUGGCCUUUGAAUCUUAAGCAAAGGAAUGAGUUAAGGAAUGAAGCUACGCGUGAUUCUGCUGUUGUAAUCAUGAAUAGUGUUACUCUUGUUGAUGCUUUUCUUGAUGCUCAAAAAUGGAUGGAAUUGUUUCCAACAAUUGUUGCUAGAGCAAGAACUGUUCAAAUUAUAGCUUCAGGUGCUUCUGGCCAUGCAAGUGGGACUCUUCAGCUGAUGCACGCAGAAUUCCAAGUUCUUUCUCCGUUGGUGUCCACCAGAGAGACUCAUUUUCUUCGAUAUUGUCAGCAAAAUGCCGAGGAAGGAACCUGGGCCAUUGUUGAUUUUCCUGUUGAUAGCUUCCAACAAAACUUUCACAAUUCUUGUCCCAAAUACUGCAGAAGGUCCUCUGGCUGUGUGAUUCAAGACAUGCCAAAUGGCUAUUCGAGGGUAACAUGGGUUGAGCAUGCAAAAGUUGUAGAGAAACCUGUCCAUCAAAUAUUUAGUAACUAUGUGUAUAGUGGUAUGGCAUUUGGUGCACAACGUUGGUUAGGAGUUUUGCAGAGGCAAUGUGAAAGGGUUGCAAGCCUUAUGGCUAGAAACAUAUCAGAUCUUGGAGUGAUACCUUCUCCGGAAGCGCGAAAGAGCUUGAUGAAAUUAGCAAACCGGAUGAUAAAAACUUUUAGCCUUAAUAUGACCACUUGUGGUGGACAAUCAUGGACUGCUAUAUCGGAUUCACCAGAAGACACUGUUAGAAUCACAACUAGGAAAAUCACUGAGCCUGGCCAACCUAGUGGAGUGAUUCUCGCCGCAGUUUCAACCACUUGGCUUCCUUAUACUCAUACCAAAGUCUUUGAUCUCCUUCGUGACGAACGCCACAGAUCUCAGAUGGAUGCACUUUCUAAUGGGAACUCAUUAAAUGAAGUGGCUCAUAUUGCUAACGGUUCACAUCCGGGAAACUGCAUUUCCCUUCUUCGCAUAAAUGUAGCAAGUAACUCAUCUCAAAAUGUAGAGCUAAUGCUGCAAGAGAGUUGCACAGAUCAAUCAGGAAGCUUAGUAGUCUACACAACAGUCGAUGUUGAUUCGGUCCAACUAGCUAUGAGUGGACAAGACCCUUCAUGCAUUGCACUUCUUCCACAAGGGUUCAUGAUAGUGCCAAUGGUUUCAUCAAAUGCUGAUACAUCAUCUGAACAAGGUGUCACAGGAACACCAUCAUCUACUGCUAGUGCCAAUGCUGCUAACUCAGGUUGUCUUCUUAUCAUGGGAAUGCAAGUUCUAGCAAGCACAAUUCCUUCUGCAAAGCUUAACCUUUCAAGUGUCACAGCAAUCAAUAACCACCUCUGCAAUACCCUUCAUCAAAUUGAAAGUGCUCUUUGUAGCAGCAGUAACAACAAUUGCUUUGUUGGUUCUUGCAAUGAACCAACCACUAGUGCACCUUCCAAGUAGUGUGCACACCUUGUUCAAGUCAUUGAAAUUGUUCCUUCCUCCCUUUUGGAUUAUGGAUUUUUAGUUAUGGUUAGAGAAAUUCGUACGAAAAAGUUGAAUUAGCAACGGAAAUUAUUGACGAAAAAUUAUAAAAUCUGUCUUACAGUCACGUCGUAUAGUGACAAGUUAAUUAAAGACUCAUUUUAUUAUUUUCGUCUCAAAUUUCCAUUGCUAAUUUAAUUAUUUUCCAACUAUGAGAACAUGAAUUGUAGGUAAUAGACUAGAGUAGUAAGGGAAGGAACAAGGGUAUGAGUGUUUUUAAAUAAAAGAUGGAUUAUGAGUGGGGAAUUUAAGUAUGUGGGGUGUAUUGGAAAAUUGAAGUUGUGUAGAACUAAUUGAUGUGUGUUUUGUAUGGGAGUUAGAGUGUGGUAAUUAACAUUGUGAAAUGGUAUUGAUGUAUGUGAGGAGGGUAGAGGGACCGAGGGAGUCAAGAGCGCACCAGAUAAUACCUUUGGUUUUCUAGUAAGGUUGUCAUCUCGUAUGAUUCGUGAUGAUGGCCUCACUGGUUAGUUAGGGUGGUGUGGUUCGGGUAUUGACUCCUGCUUCUAUGUUAACCUCUACUAUUCAUUUCAAUGUGUAUGAUCUUUCAACUUAAUUCAAUUUAUCUUUGUGUUUUGUCUCA